UCUUGAUGUUUGCCGUUGGUAUCAAUUCAAACGAGAAAGACUUUCUCAAAGCCUUCAAAAGACCAAAAGCUAUACUCCUUGGUUAUCUUGGACAGUAUCUCAUCAAGCCUCUCUUAGGUUUCAUCUUUGGCUUAGCUGCUGUCUCUCUUUUCCAACUACCAACUCCACUAGGUGCUGGAAUCAUGUUGGUUUCAUGUGUUAGUGGAGCUCAGUUAUCAAACUACGCUACUUUCUUGACAGAUCCAGCAUUGGCACCACUUAGCAUCGUCAUGACAUCUCUAUCAACCGCUACCGCGGUUCUUGUCACACCGAUGCUAUCACUCUUGCUUAUAGGGAAGAAGCUGCCCGUCGAUGUGAAAGGAAUGAUCUCCAGCAUUCUCCAGGUCGUGAUCGCACCAAUUGCUGCAGACUAAACAAGUUGUUCCCAAAACUGUCCAAUGCAAUCAGACCGUUUCUACCAUAUUGUUGCUAGUAACAAUGUUCCAUCUGUCAGCUUUCCUAUCUGGAUACUUCCUUACCGGUUCCGUCUUUAGAAACGCUCCAGACUCUAAAG